AUGGAAUCACUUCCAAAUGAAAUCGUUCUAAUUGUGUUUAGCUAUCUUAAGACAUAUGAUAUUGUUUAUGCAUUUUAUUUUCUUAAACGUCGUUAUGCACGUCUUAUCGAAGAAUUUCGAUCGUUUUUAACAUCGAUUAAUCUGGCAAAUGCUCCUUUACCAAUAUUCAAUUUAUAUUAUUCAUUAAUAUUUGAAUCGUAUCAUAUUAAUAAAUUAAAUGUUGAAAAUUUCAAACUUGAAUGUAAUAUGUUAAAUAAAUUAAUAUUCAAUGAAAAAAUAUUUCCUCGAUUACAAUCUUUAUCAAUAAUUAUACGAAAAACCGAUGAAUUAUCCAUAAUAUUGAAAUAUUUUUCAUUUUUUACAAAACUUAAACAACUUUAUAUAAGAAGUGAUGUUUGUUGUUGUGAUCGAAUAUCAUUUGAAGAACAAGUUAAACAAAAAUUUUUUCAAACAAAUAAAAUACAACUGCAAUCAUUAACAUUUGCAACACCACCAUGCUUUUCUAUUUCACUACAAGAUAUUAAUUUCGAACAAUGUUUGUUUACUAGUCUGACAGUAAGUUAA